AUUCACGAACGCGAGAUGGAGCUAUUCACAUUUCAAAAUAGAGCAAGCAGAUUCUCGUGCCCGGAACCGGCAACGUCAACAAGUCAAAGUCUGAUUAGGGCCUAGAUAAUAAUUUUAUGUAACUGUAAAUGAUAGACUGCUCGAAAGUUUGAUAUGUUUUGGUAAGGUAUUGAUGCCAAGAGCUGUAAUUGAUAGGUUUGAGAAGAAAUACUAUGCCACGGAAGAAGAAACAUGGAAAACAAGGCGGCUCGAGUGGGGCCUCCAGCAAGCAUCCGAAGCAUGCGAAGAACGCCGGGGCUAGAGCCGGAGGGAAAGGUAGCAAGAAGGUCGAUAAGGAGGGGACCCCCUCUCAAAAACUUCAACAAUUGCAGGAGAUGUUUGAAGGCAAGCUGGAUGCUGCCCUGGUUCAUGCGAUAAUGGAGGAUCAUAAAUAUGAUGUUGAUCUGGCCUUGGAGACCCUUUUCAAGCUGGCUGGCGAUGUACCUGAUCUUCCUGGAUCUGAUGUGAAUGGCAUGUCCAAGGCACCCAGAGACCUUGUCAGUUACAGCGAAAGUGACGAAAGUGAUGAUUCUGAGGACCCAGACGACUUCCUGAACGGCUUGUAUCCGCCGCAUCAUGUGGCAUCAGAGAAAACCAUUGCAGGUUCUCGUACAGAUCAGAAACAACCUGUGACCUCCAGGAAUGGCGUAGGUCUGGACGACAUUAGCUUGCCAGGUAUACAGAGCAGCAUCAAGGGCAUAGACCUAGCCAUAUCUAUGGCCAAAGACCUUGACAGGAAUACGUUCUCAGAAGAGUCAGUUGAGAAGGUCACAGCUGGACUGAUGGCCUACAGAGACACAGGUGACAGGAACAAACUGGCGGAGCUUGGAAACCUCAGUGCGAUUGCAGAGAUGGUGUUAGAAGUCGGUGUCAAGGAAGAAGAGAAGCUAAAGAUGGAAUCAUCAAUGAAAUCAUCUAAAGUACAAUUUAAAUCGCUGCACUCACGCCUUCCUGUAUAUAGUGCCACGGAUGAUCGACUUGUUGGAGGAAUGUCUAGUAGCAGUGGUAGCUCUGUUAACAGUUCCCCUAAUGACUCUGAUAAUGAUGAUCAACCAGAUGGAGCAUUUAUGGCCAAAAAUACCAAGAGCAAAUCAGAAAGCAAAGAGGAAAGAUAUGAAGCCGCAGGAUCUGAGGAUCGUAGAGGGAAUGCAAUGUCAAAUUGGACCCCUUUAACAGUUCCAAAAGUCCCAAUGGAAUCAGUUGAAAAACCACAAGAAAAUUUGAGUCUCAAUAACAGUGAUAUGGAGAGACAACUUAAGCUGGGCACCAAUCCAAACUUUAGCAAUACAAUAAAUCACACACAACUCUGUACAUCAGAGAAUAGACAUGAAGAAGUGGCAAGUGCUAGACCAAAAGCAACCGUUAGCUUUUUGAAUAAUUUGACUGAUGAGCAAGGUGACAGAGACAAUGGGUCUGAUGAAGACUCUGAGAAAGACAUUGAUAAGCAUAUCAGCUUCCAGGAAGAUUCAGUUUCUUUUGCAGAAGUCAAACCAGAAAGAGAUAGUAAUCAGGUAAGAGAAAGAAGUGAAAGGAGCAACCUGUUGAAGAGUCAGCAGCAGGAGCAGCAGCAGUCAGCCAAACCAAACAACACUACUGAUAGGAUACAUAGUGCUUUCCCUCCAGAAAGAGAACAGUUAGAUCAUCCUUUCUCAGUGGAAAGACCAUUAAAACAGGCAGAUGAGAGAUUCUCUGUGAAUGAAAUCAGACAAGGUGCUAUGAAUGUGCCAUCAGUCAGCUCCCAGCAAAGACCAAACGGCCAACCACAAAGUCGUGUUCAGGUAGAAAAUAAUAUGUUGUAUUCACAGUACAGACCAGUAAAUGCUACUCCUGCUACAGCGAAGAUACAAGGACAAAAUAAACCCAGGACCUUUGCCUAUGAUGCCAACUUCAUGCCUGGAUUUGGCUACGGUACAACACACUUUGUUGUGAAGAAUAUCACACCAGGCUUAUUGCCCAGAUCGUACCACAAAGACAGUUCACCUCACUCACGAUCAUCCCAACCGUGGCCAAAUCAGGAAUACCCAAGAGCAUUUGUUGCUCAUGUGCCUUCUAGGACCGGCACCAGAACCGGUGCGUACCCUCCGCAUGUUCAUCACAUGGGUAAGGUCUUUGGGUUCCAGGGACCACACCUACACCUAAGACCACAUGUCCCACGCUCCAAAGUGACAAUAACUGAACUCCCUGAAUCACCAGAAGAGCCUUUGGCCUCAACAAAUGUGGAACAAGAAUUGGCUGGUCCACCAAGGUGGCCUGUGAUCCAGCAUACUAACCUGAAGCGCAAUGAGUAUCCUGCACCAAGUCCAAAGACGAUCCCACCACUGCCACCUGGCAAGGUGCUCUGUCUUAUGAGGGGAUGUCCAGGAAGUGGCAAAAGCUUUGUUGCAAAGAGCUUGAAGGGGAAUGGAGUAGUUCUGAGUACUGAUGAUUUCUUCAUGGUGAAUGGGCAGUACCUGUUUGACAGGAAUGCUAUUGGAGAGGCACAUGACUGGAAUCACAAAAGAGCUCAAGACUGCUUAGAGAAAGGAAUCACCCCAAUCAUCAUAGACAAUACUAAUGUCCACACUUGGGAGAUGAAACCAUACGUUGUCAUGGCACUGAAACACCAGUACCAUGUUGUGAUAAGAGAACCUGAUACACCAUGGAAACACAAGGCUGGAGAAUUGGCCAAACGGAACUCUCAUGGUGUCCCUCGGGUAGCGAUUGCAAGGAUGCUACAGAACUAUGAUCCAAAUGUGACCGUAGAAAGCAUCAUGAGCAGCCCUGAUAAGAAGAAAACACCAGAGUAUAUUGACAGUCUCGACCGAGAGGGUCCAGAUAUCCCCAAAAGAGACAGACAGUCUCCAAGGAAAUCUGGACAGCAGAAGAACCAAGUGAGGAAACCAGAGCGAGAGGUGAUUCAUCAGGACAAUGCGAGAGGAGGUGACAGUGCCGCUGAGGAGGGAUGGGAAACUAUGGGAGGGCACCAUAAGGGGAACCACUGGAACCAGACAAGAGGAGGAAGUGAUGCCAGGAAGGAUCUGAAUCAGAGGAACAAUCAUUCUGGACGCCAGAAUGACCAAGUGAGCAAACCUGAGCGAGAGGCGAGUCAUCAGGACAAUACCAGAGAAGGUGACGGUUCCACUGAGGAGGGAUGGGAAACCGUUGGAGAACAUCAUAAGGGGAAUCACAGGAACCGGACAAGAGGAGGAAGAGAUGCCAGUAAGGAUCUGAAUCGGAGGAACAAUCUUAAGAGUGGCUCCCCCAGGAGGUACAACAAUGAGCAUCAUGGAAGUAGAUACCAAUCAGACGGCUCAGAUGGUAUGAGGUCUCCAGGUAGACCAAAGAGUGCACCUUACAACGGUCCAUACAGGGUAAACUCCCCAUCUCAUUCACCUUCACCUAAAGAUAGAGGAGGUAUGAGAAACGAUGGACCCCAGCAUGAGAAUGAAGGAUGGGUUUCAGCACCUAAGAGAGGGAAGCGGACCGGUGGAAACUCCCAUUCCCCAUCACCAAAUCGUGGAUUGGAGAAAAAGAGAAAUAUGAAUGCGAAUCAAAGGGGGCAGCAGAACAAGGGACAGCAUAAUCAACAACAUCCUCAACACAAGCCAUCUGAUGCGGCAAUAAGAUUUCUUGAGAGUGAUGAUAGUUUGUCACAGGAUCCCAUGGAAAGAUUGAUGAAUGAUAUUGGACUGGCGAGUUCAACAUUGGCAUCAUCAAGUAAUGGGAAAGAGAGAACGUUUGACAAUGUAGAGAAGAAUGGAAAAGUGUUUCAGAAUGAUGAACCUGAGACUCUCAGGGCAUCACUUGUGACCGACACCCAAGCUCAACCUGAGACAGUAUCAGAAGAUCCCAUGCUAGAAGUGACCAUUGAUGAGACAAAGUCACCCAGCUCAGGAAGCGUGAAACAAAACACUCGGCUCUCCAGUAGUGAUGACCAGAAAGGAAAUUCCUCUGCAAGUGCCUCAUCUACAGUGCCGGAGGAUCCAGCUUUGGGCAGUGACAAGAAAAUGUUUGAGAUGUUACUUGCAGAAAAUAUCCAAGGCAAUGUCAAUAGAUCUGUGGACAUGUCAGUGACAGGGAAAGUGGACAUAAGUGUCGAUAUCACCGUGGACAGGAGCAUUGAAGGGGACGUACCUGUACACAGUCAUGCUGAUGAUGACAAGAACAUCAACACCAGAAGAGAUCCGCUACAGUGUGAUGAUCAAAAGACGGAGGGUGACAAUUCUGUCAAAGAAAUUGUUGCAGAGCAGAAACAACCACUGAAUGUUAAUGUUGUGACAAACCAUACAGAAGCUCAUGAUUCCAAAACAACACAGAAGUCCAUAGAUGGCACUGAAAGAAUAGAUGGGGAGUGUCACACACCCUGUCAGGAGGAAGAAAGUGACUGUGGCAUUUUGAAAGGUUUACCUCGCAUUUCUCCUCAAGAGCCUGAGGACAAAUUUGAGUGUGCACCAAGAACUAAACCUGAAGUAACAUCUCCUCUAACAAAAGAGGAUGAAGUAUCAAAUGAAUGCCCCCGUGCCUCUACACCAGCAUUGAAAAGAACAUCGAGAAGGUUGAGUGGUGGUAAGUCUUCAAGGCGCCUUGCAGCAGUCUUUACCUCACCAACAUCCCCUACCCCUCCUGUCUCUGAAAACACUGACUGGUCAAAGUUUGAUCCAUCAAGAAGCAUUCCAAAGCCAACAUUCCCUGUGAGUAAAGAAGAAUCAAAAGAUGCGGAAGUAAGUCAGUGUGACUUUAGUACUGAAACCAGUGGCCAGGACUUUGCAUUUCUCCAGAGAAUCAUCAGUGGGACCAUGGAACCUGGGGACCUUCCUCAAGGAUAUCUAUGCAGAACAGCGGUGGCACGUUUGUUGAACAGCGCAGACAAAGGUAGUAGCAGUGAAGCUGGUAAGGACAGUCAAGAUAGAUCAUCACCCAUUCCAGUGUCAUUGAAACUCAACAAAAGCUGCAUGACUGAGGAAAUCAUUGAGGAGACCUUUGACCUUGAGGAUGAGAAACUAUCGAUGAUGCAAGGUUGCUUUCCUGCCUCCUCAACUAAAGAUCUGAAGAGUCUGUUGGAAACUUGCAGUGGAGAUGUUGAGAUGGCAACAAAUAUAUUGCUUGAUUCAUUAGCCCAAUCAGCAGCAAACUCUCCAGAGGACAGGGGCAUACCGGGAGAUGUUUCAACAAAUACCGCAGGGAUUUCAGAAUCUGCCAGCGUAUUUUCAGGAAACAAGGAUAAUGUAACCAAUGAUUUUGUGAAGAUUCUGCAAGAGCAAGAUGUCAGAAUAGGACCAAAUAUGGAGGGGGCGAGAGCUGAAGUAAGAGCCAGCUCUUCUGGCAAUCCUGCAAUAUCUCAAAGAAUGAACAAUGAAACAAAAACCGAUACAUCGUCUUCCAGGAUUGAUGCUCUUAACAAAUUAGCUAGUGACAGCCAGAGGUUUGCCAGUGAAUUAAAGCAAGCAAACCAGAUUAUCUUCAGCAAUAAUCUAAAAACUUGCACUGAAGACAUUCCAGAAACUGCUCACUGUAGACCGGGUGAUGCAGGCUCAAACACAAAUGACACUGUCGAAGCAAGGACAAUGAAUGACAAAGCAAGGGCAGAUGGAAACAGUAACAAUGAGAGUGAACUGCACAAACAGGAAGAGGAAACAGACAGUGACGACUCUGAGUAUUUCAACAAUUUUUACUCUGGUACAAGUCAAUUGAUAAAACCAAAGAGUGCCAUGCGUAUCACUACUAGCACCACUUCUGAUGAACUACCAAUGCUAGAGUCUUUUAUUGAGGAUCGGCAAAUGCUACAUUUGGCUGCUGCUUGUCACAGUCCGGAUAAUGCAGCACACGGUCUUUCCCUAUCCAAACCAGAUCCUCUUGUUCCAUUGCAGGAACCGUCAGAAACUUUGGCAGUGACCCCAAAGCAAGUCACAGAAGACACGAUUAAACCUGAUUUGCAGACUGAAGAUUGUGUUGCUCCACAGACAAAACCUGACCUUCCUGUAACCGAAAGUGCAACGAUUGGAGGGAUAAAGUCUUGCGAUGAUGAGAUAACACCUGUGUCUGAACCGGAGAGUCGUAGAGUGGAUGGAGACGGUUCGACCUAUGUAAACAAUAUUCAAGAAUCGAGAAAUGAGGAUAAAGAAAAUUCUAGUUCUAGAGUAGAUGAAGACGGUUCGACCUAUGUAAACGACCUUCAAGAAUCGAGGAACGAGGAGAAAGAAAGUUCUAGAUCUAGCCCCAGCAACACCGAGAAGGAUUCAAAGGAGUCUCUCAGUCAAGAUCCACUGACAAAUGACCAUAAAAGUGGAAACACUAGUCCACAGCAACAGCAGCACAGAGUUGAACAACCUGAGGGUGACACUGUAGAUAACCUGUUAAAUGACAUUCAAAGUUUGAAAGAGACAUCUGCAGAUGAGAUGAGUGACUCAGAUAUACCCUGGAAAGCUGAUUACGAUGUUACCAAGCCCGAGGCGGAAGGUCUUCUCGAUGAAGGCAAUACUGCGGACAAGUUUGCAGAGAGUGGUGAAGGAGUGUACGACUAUCUCGGGGGUAUGGUGCUUCAGAUGGAUGCCGCAUUUGCUCUUCAGCUCCAGGAACUCUUUGGCCAAGUAGGAUUCCAUCUUGAUCCUGAUAUGCUGUCUCCCGAUGACCUGAAGGUGAAGAUCGGUUACCAGGUAGCCAAGCAGCUCCACUCGGCCUGGUCCAGCGGACUGGAAGAAAGGUUUCAAGACCAAGAGAGACAGGUGGAAGAUAUGCUUCAAAGAGACGAAGAACUCGCCCGGAGGCUGCAGCAGGAGGAGAACCUCAAGAAGCUGGCCAAAGCUCACCGGGACAAGAAACCCACCAAGUUCGUCUCGCCGGGAUCCCCGAAACGGAGCAAGCGACGGCAGAAGGAGCCUGAGCCGGACGGAGCCGCUGCCAACGGGGGUCAAGACUCAAGGAGAGGGGAGCAGGUGUUGGUAGGAGGAGGGUUGAGGAAUCUUGGUGAGAUGGGAGCAGUAGGAAGAGCAGAACGGGGGAAGUACCCUCCGCCAGUGCAGAGGAUGGAGGUGCCGGAGUUGGCGCAGAUCAUGGCGGAAGAGGAGUUGAAACAGGAGAGAGAAAAGAAUGGGUCCUGUAAGAACAGCCCUAGUCCUGUAAGAGCCAACACUAUAGCGACUAAACUAAAGCGGGAUCAGCUGUUUGAGGCCUUUCCAGAUGUGGACAGAAAGGCCCUGGAUGAAAUAUUCAUUGCCAACAACUAUGACCUCCAGGCUACAAAGUGGGAAGUGAAUGCUGUUUAUCAAGAAUAUACUGAUCCUGUCAAAGAUGUGUUCAGUCCUGAAGCUCUGAUAGAGAUGGAGAAGAGGAGAGAGAGCUCUCCUGCUAGGAGAAAGGGAAAGGGACAGUCUGACAGGACAGACGGUCAAUUCCAAUCAACGGAGAAGCCUGCUUACGAAGACUACAGAGCAGAAGCCACCUUGCACUUCAAGCAGAGGGACGAAUGCUUCAAGAAAGCUGCUAAGGCAUAUCACUCUGGACAAAAAGAGCUGGCUGUGCAUUACUCCAAUCAGGGACGUCUACACUCGAUGAAACUGAAGGAAGCCAACAGAAGAGCUGCAGAAAUGAUGCUCAAACAAAGGAAACAUGAAACCGGUGCGAACAAGCUAGAUCUGCACAAUCUCCACGUGGAGGAAGCCUUAGAGGCCCUCCAGGAGGUUCUGUUCGAGAGAGAAGAGAAAAUAAGGCGUGGCACCCCAUCACCGGGGCAACAGAGGUACCUAGAGGUGGUGACAGGGCGGGGCAGGCACAGUCAAGGGGGUGUGGCCAGGCUGAAACCAGCCGUAGAGAAGUUCUUGGAGCAGCGAGGUUACAACUUUACUACACCCAAUGCUGGCUGUCUGAGAGUGUACUUCUCACCGUGAACUGGAUCUUCUCUCCCCUGACCUGAGCUAUGGUUCAACAUACAGAUUCUCGUAUUACCGAGAAAUGAAUUCUAGGAAUUUAGUGUUGCAGCCCAAAGACAUACCAGUACUGCUGCAACAUAUCCUUAUCUACCUGAUGUUAGUAGUCUAGUUGCCUGUAGCAUCUAAGGGAUCAAGGAUCAGGCUUUAAACAAUUGAGAAGUUCAUGAAGAUGAUUAUCGGAUUUGGGUCCUGACUCACCAUGUUUUUUUGUGUGUGGGUCUGUGCAUGAGACUAUCCUGGGUUUUUCAAUGAGGUCACAAUGAGGUCAGAGUGAAUUCUUCAUGAAGUCCCCAUGAGAUGAUAACAUUGUAUGUAAGCAAUGUAUGUUAAACAGUGUUUCAGGAACAAACAAGUACUCGAAUGUUGCUUGAUUGUGUUGUGUUUUCCAAAUGUAACACAUUGAUAUAAUAAUAAUAAUACCAACAUGCUUAUAUAGCGCAUAUCACUGCCAAAUGCGUCCCUUUGCGCUUAAUUGGAUAUUAUUACCCUGGCUUUAGCCCCGCAGCCUUUUACAGCACGGUGGCAUUUCAAGGAAUAAAUUCCUGCCAGGUACCCAUUUACCUCACCUGGGUCGAGUGCAGCACAAUGUGGAUAAAUUUCUUGCAGAAGGAAAUUACGCCAUGGCUGGUAUUUGAACCCACGACCCUCUGUUUCAAACUCCGAAAACUAAUCCACUGGGCCACAACGCUCCACACAUAUUGCAUCACAUGAUUCUGUUCCGCCUCAAGCAAGAUGGAGGCACUCGUCUGAAGAACCCAGAUGUGUGGAAAAUGUUCGUUGAGUAAUCCUAUUCCUAAUCUUAACCUUAGCAUAUAUAUGUUUCAUGAUUGAACACAUGACACAUCAUUACAUGUAGAUCAGAAGUGGGAGACAUGGCGCAACAAAUUUAUCAGCUGGAAUGAGAUUAAGUACAUAUUACUUUUAAUUGCAAAUUUUUUAAUAUAUUCACCGUUUAAUUGGGAAAAUUUGUUCCAGAAAUGGCAAAAAUGUUAAAGAAACAGCAAAUGUCUCUCUCUUUCUCUCUUGGCAUUGAUGUUGCUCAUUUUACUUCUAAAAAAAAACAGCACACACAUAAAUACAAUAGGUAUUACAUUUGCAUGCUUACGUAACGGAAGCGCUGUGUGUUUUAACACCAAGCUUGUGGGCGUAGAGGCAUCUAUUAAAGCCUAUCACUGAUAUUGACAAGUGUGCUGCAUUCCCAUGGAAAAAAUAUCAAAUGUUUUACACUAUUCCACACACAUUUUUUAAAUUAUAAAUCUUGCAUGUUGUUCCAUGUACAAACAAGAGGCACCGACUAGUAAUAAAUCAAGUAAAGAGAAUUCAACAUGUAAUAAUAACAAUAAUAGUAGCUGGAUUUAUUAAGUGCUUUUUGACUGAGGAUACAAAGCGCUGCUAUUAUAACUCCGGCUUUAGCUAUGCUGCCACAUAGGCGCUGGAGCAUUGAAAGAAUUUCUUCCUACCAGGUACCCAUUCACCUCACCUGGGUUGAGUGCAGCACAAUGUGGGUAAAUUUCUUGCAGAAGGAAAACACGCCAUGGCUCGGAAUUGAACCCACGUCCCUUGGAUUGAAAGACGAGAGUCAUAACCACUAGACCAGGACGCCACCACUGUACUCGUCAUUCACUAUAAUAAUGUUCCUUAAAUUUUGUAUGAUCUAUAUACCCAUAUUAAAGCUAUAGAUUCAAUUCAGGUAUUAAUUGAUUAAAUAAAUUGUUAACGCUCAUCUUUUUGUUGUAGUUUGUUUUAGUCCACUUCAUAUUUAAAGUAUUGAAUUGUUUAAUAAUAGAUAAAUAUGAAUAUCUGUACUUGAAUUUUACCAGAUUCAACAUCAACACAUAAACAGCCAUGGCAUUGUGAAUGUACAUUAUGCGUACAGGAUCCACAUGGGUUGGAAUUUCAUGAUCAUUAAGUUCGACAAAAUUAUGAAAUAUCCUUUCCAUUUAAAGCAAAAUUCCAGGGGACUUGUCAAUUUCUUUAAGAAAGUUCUGAAAAAUUAUUUGAGGGGUUUGUGUUUUUUUGACAGUUCUUGAAUUCAUGCUCAGGCAGGCCCUGCAUGCAUGUCUCAUUUGGGUUCCAUAACACAAAGGUUAGCGAUUAAUCGUACGCUUGAUUUUCAUGAUUGAUUGUACAUUAUAGUCAAUGGAAUCAAUCGUAGAAAAAUGUUCUACGAUCAUUGCUAAGUUUUGUGUUACGGGCCCCGGAUCAGCUUUACAUUUCUGUAAAUCAGUAUCUUUUAUGGCAUGGAAAUGUAUUGUACUAUUUUCCUCUUGGCAUUCUCUCUCUCUCUCUCUCUCUCUCUUUUUCUAUUUGCCUCUGCCUCUCAAUUGAAAUAGGGGGAGUUAUUUACCGGGUAAUUAAUAAAAGAGCGAUUAUAGGGCUGAGUGUGGCUGAGUUAGGGUGUGUUCAAUGUCAGUUUCCAAAUUUAACAGCAACAUGAAUCAUGAUAGAAAAUGCAGUAUAAGGAGAAACAAAAGGGUGUGUUCAAUGUCCCCCAUUCCUGGUCAUAAAAGUAAACUUCUUUCAAAUCAUGAU